AUGGAUGAAAAUUGGCUCAACAAUUUUUUUGCUUUUUGGGAAGUUAAUGGUAUGGAAGUUGAUGCUGAUUUGCCAACACACUUAAGUGAUGAUUUUAUUCCAAUCCACAAUGUUUCAGCUGAUGAGAACAAAACUCUUCCUCCUAAGAAUAAGCCAACCAAAAAAAUUCAACAUUGGAAUGAAGAAGAACACAGGUUAUUUUUGGAAGGGCUCCAAUUAUACGGCAAGGGAAAUUGGAAAAAGAUUUCAAAAUAUGUUGUUUCAAAAACAUCAACUCAAGUUGCUAGCCAUGCUCAAAAAUAUUUUAUCCGAAUUCAGCAAAACAAUAAUUUAUCAAAUAAGAAGAAAAGAAAAAGCAAAUUUGACAACAUUCCUUCGUACCCUAUUGAGAGCUUUAACUUCACCCACACACAACCAUUUAUAGAAGAAUUCCUACCACAAGAAUCUCAACAAAUCCAAGAAUAG